AUGAAUAUUAUAACAUCAUAAAUACAACAAUAAAAGGCAGAGAUCUAAGAAAUGGUUUGUCAAAUACAUAAGCGAGAGAUAGUCGCUGUAGAUCUAGAUACAUAAGAAAAAGGUAGUUUUUAAUACUUGUGUUGCAAUUGCUUAGUAGAGAAAAUGAAUAGUAACAAGAUAUCAACAAUUGAAUAGACAAAGGAUAGAAUAUAAUCUCUAAAGACAUAAAGAUAAGAAAAUAAGAUUAAAGAGAUCCAAGUGAGAUUGGAUCUCUUCAAAACCAUACUAGAUUAAAUAAUGGAGUUUAAAUGUAAUGUUGAGAAUACUUUGGAAAAAAUCUAUAGUCAAAUAAAAGCCCAAAUAUUUACAAUUUCAAAAGAAAAAUAAUCUUUAUUAGAUAAUUGUUUAAUGUAAUAUAAUUUCUAAGAGGAAGUUAAAUCUUUAUCGGAAUUUCUCUCAACAGAGACUUAAGAAAAAUAAUUAGAAAUCUCAUAGGAUGGGUAAUUUAUCAAUGAAAUUGUUAAAUAAUUUGACCUUAUAUUUAGUAGCGCUGCAUAUUUCUAAACUAUUGACACUUUUAAGGAUGCCAAAUAGAAAAUUAGUGAAAUUAAUGAAAAUAACUAGAUUGAAUUAAUAUUAUUACAAAAUAAAAAUAACUAAGUAAAAUGUUAUCAAUAUACAAGAAAACCCAAAGUUUAAACAAAAUUUUCCCUACUCAUGAUAAGGAAAUUAUCAUGAUUGAUAUAGAUAGUAAAAAUAAAAAAAUAGAAGAGAGAUUUGUCUGCGUUGAUUGCAUUAGUGAUCAUCCCAAUUGUUAAUAUAGAACCAUUGAGAAAAUUAAUUAGCAAUGGAAUCAUACAAAGAAGCAGUAGGAUAGACUACUUUCUGAGCUAAAAAUUAAAAGGCAAGAAAAAUAGGAAAAACUAAACUAAUAGAUUGCAAUAAUGAGAAAAAAUUACAACUAAUAACUUAAUGAAAUCAGUGAAAAAUUAAUAACAGAAUUUUCUCUACCACCAACAAGCAAGCCCAUUGAGAUUAAUAAAAUUAAAUAAACCUCUCUACAAUAAUUAAGUAAUGAGGAAUUACUUUCAAAUAUUAAUUAAAUUCUUUAAAAUGAUUAAGAAAAUAUGGUAUAAGAUUCAAAGAUUGAAUAUUUGAAAUCCAAAGACACUCUAUUUUAAAAAGAGAUCUAAAGCAGAUUAGAGCAUUUAAAAUAACAUGAGUAAUUAGAUAUUUAAGAAUCUAUUAAUAUUUUACAGGACAUAUAAAGUAUUCAAACAAUUUUAUUUUUAGACGACAACCAAAUCCAAGGAAUUGUGUAAUUAUAAUAAUAAAUUUAUGAGAGUACAAAAACAAAUUAAGUAUCAUUAAUCUACAAAGAAGAUUUAGAUGAACUCAUAAAUUCUUCAAAAUAUAUAUAUUGUUAAAAGAGCUUACUAAAUGAAUCAAUACAGAAAUUUUAAGAACACCUUUCAAAAAUAAAAACGUUUGAGAGUAAAAUGCAAUAAAGUCCAGAUANAAUUGAAUAGACAAAGGAUAGAAUAUAAUCUCUAAAGACAUAAAGAUAAGAAAAUAAGAUUAAAGAGAUCCAAGUGAGAUUGGAUCUCUUCAAAACCAUACUAGAUUAAAUAAUGGAGUUUAAAUGUAAUGUUGAGAAUACUUUGGAAAAAAUCUAUAGUCAAAUAAAAGCCCAAAUAUUUACAAUUUCAAAAGAAAAAUAAUCUUUAUUAGAUAAUUGUUUAAUGUAAUAUAAUUUCUAAGAGGAAGUUAAAUCUUUAUCGGAAUUUCUCUCAACAGAGACUUAAGAAAAAUAAUUAGAAAUCUCAUAGGAUGGGUAAUUUAUCAAUGAAAUUGUUAAAUAAUUUGACCUUAUAUUUAGUAGCGCUGCAUAUUUCUAAACUAUUGACACUUUUAAGGAUGCCAAAUAGAAAAUUAGUGAAAUUAAUGAAAAUAACUAGAUUGAAUUAAUAUUAUUACAAAAUAAAAAUAACUAAGUAAAAUGUUAUCAAUAUACAAGAAAACCCAAAGUUUAAACAAAAUUUUCCCUACUCAUGAUAAGGAAAUUAUCAUGAUUGAUAUAGAUAGUAAAAAUAAAAAAAUAGAAGAGAGAUUUGUCUGCGUUGAUUGCAUUAGUGAUCAUCCCAAUUGUUAAUAUAGAACCAUUGAGAAAAUUAAUUAGCAAUGGAAUCAUACAAAGAAGCAGUAGGAUAGACUACUUUCUGAGCUAAAAAUUAAAAGGCAAGAAAAAUAGGAAAAACUAAACUAAUAGAUUGCAAUAAUGAGAAAAAAUUACAACUAAUAACUUAAUGAAAUCAGUGAAAAAUUAAUAACAGAAUUUUCUCUACCACCAACAAGCAAGCCCAUUGAGAUUAAUAAAAUUAAAUAAACCUCUCUACAAUAAUUAAGUAAUGAGGAAUUACUUUCAAAUAUUAAUUAAAUUCUUUAAAAUGAUUAAGAAAAUAUGGUAUAAGAUUCAAAGAUUGAAUAUUUGAAAUCCAAAGACACUCUAUUUUAAAAAGAGAUCUAAAGCAGAUUAGAGCAUUUAAAAUAACAUGAGUAAUUAGAUAUUUAAGAAUCUAUUAAUAUUUUACAGGACAUAUAAAGUAUUCAAACAAUUUUAUUUUUAGACGACAACCAAAUCCAAGGAAUUGUGUAAUUAUAAUAAUAAAUUUAUGAGAGUACAAAAACAAAUUAAGUAUCAUUAAUCUACAAAGAAGAUUUAGAUGAACUCAUAAAUUCUUCAAAAUAUAUAUAUUGUUAAAAGAGCUUACUAAAUGAAUCAAUACAGAAAUUUUAAGAACACCUUUCAAAAAUAAAAACGUUUGAGAGUAAAAUGCAAUAAAGUCCAGAUAAUUUAGUUUUUACAAACAUAUAAAAGUAAAUCAAUGAAUAUAAGAAUAAAUUUGAAAAAGACUUUAGUUAGUUUAUGAAGUUUUGUGAAAUAGGAAAACUCGAGAAAAAUUUUGAAACACUAUAAUAGGACUAUGAGAAAUUAUAAUUAGAGAGUAUGAACAAUUUUCAAUAAAUUAGGAAACCAAUAUUUGGAAUCAAUUGAGAAGGAUUAUAAAUUGAAAAUCUAGGAGUAGAAUAACAUUAUCCAGGAGCUUGAAAACCUUUUAAGAAACACUGAAGAUAAACUGAAAAAUAAAGUAAAAGAAGAGAACUUAUUAAAAGAAAUGUUGAAAGAGGAAAAUUCUAAGAAUGAGAAAUUUCAAUUAAAAUUAAAUGACUAAUAGAUUAAGCAUGAUAAUGAAAUUAAAUCACUGAACGAGUAAAUAAAUAAAAUUCAAACCGAAUUAUAUUCUAGACUUAAAGUUUUAGAUAAAAACAAAAAUAUUAAAAGUUGACUAUUGGAUAAAAUUAUUUUUUAUUUUAUAAGAAAAAUCAAAAAAAACAAUAAAAGAAUCUCAAUUAAUAUUUUAAGGAACCAGCGAUGGGUUGAAUAAUAAUUCAUUUUGGAAUAAAUGUAAUGGUAAAUGUAAUCUACUCAUGAUAUUUUAAUCUUAAAGUGGGUUUAUCUUUGGUGGAUAUUCUCCAUGUCNCAAAAUUUUCCCUACUCAUGAUAAGGAAAUUAUCAUGAUUGAUAUAGAUAGUAAAAAUAAAAAAAUAGAAGAGAGAUUUGUCUGCGUUGAUUGCAUUAGUGAUCAUCCCAAUUGUUAAUAUAGAACCAUUGAGAAAAUUAAUUAGCAAUGGAAUCAUACAAAGAAGCAGUAGGAUAGACUACUUUCUGAGCUAAAAAUUAAAAGGCAAGAAAAAUAGGAAAAACUAAACUAAUAGAUUGCAAUAAUGAGAAAAAAUUACAACUAAUAACUUAAUGAAAUCAGUGAAAAAUUAAUAACAGAAUUUUCUCUACCACCAACAAGCAAGCCCAUUGAGAUUAAUAAAAUUAAAUAAACCUCUCUACAAUAAUUAAGUAAUGAGGAAUUACUUUCAAAUAUUAAUUAAAUUCUUUAAAAUGAUUAAGAAAAUAUGGUAUAAGAUUCAAAGAUUGAAUAUUUGAAAUCCAAAGACACUCUAUUUUAAAAAGAGAUCUAAAGCAGAUUAGAGCAUUUAAAAUAACAUGAGUAAUUAGAUAUUUAAGAAUCUAUUAAUAUUUUACAGGACAUAUAAAGUAUUCAAACAAUUUUAUUUUUAGACGACAACCAAAUCCAAGGAAUUGUGUAAUUAUAAUAAUAAAUUUAUGAGAGUACAAAAACAAAUUAAGUAUCAUUAAUCUACAAAGAAGAUUUAGAUGAACUCAUAAAUUCUUCAAAAUAUAUAUAUUGUUAAAAGAGCUUACUAAAUGAAUCAAUACAGAAAUUUUAAGAACACCUUUCAAAAAUAAAAACGUUUGAGAGUAAAAUGCAAUAAAGUCCAGAUAAUUUAGUUUUUACAAACAUAUAAAAGUAAAUCAAUGAAUAUAAGAAUAAAUUUGAAAAAGACUUUAGUUAGUUUAUGAAGUUUUGUGAAAUAGGAAAACUCGAGAAAAAUUUUGAAACACUAUAAUAGGACUAUGAGAAAUUAUAAUUAGAGAGUAUGAACAAUUUUCAAUAAAUUAGGAAACCAAUAUUUGGAAUCAAUUGAGAAGGAUUAUAAAUUGAAAAUCUAGGAGUAGAAUAACAUUAUCCAGGAGCUUGAAAACCUUUUAAGAAACACUGAAGAUAAACUGAAAAAUAAAGUAAAAGAAGAGAACUUAUUAAAAGAAAUGUUGAAAGAGGAAAAUUCUAAGAAUGAGAAAUUUCAAUUAAAAUUAAAUGACUAAUAGAUUAAGCAUGAUAAUGAAAUUAAAUCACUGAACGAGUAAAUAAAUAAAAUUCAAACCGAAUUAUAUUCUAGACUUAAAGUUUUAGAUAAAAACAAAAAUAUUAAAAGUUGACUAUUGGAUAAAAUUAUUUUUUAUUUUAUAAGAAAAAUCAAAAAAAACAAUAAAAGAAUCUCAAUUAAUAUUUUAAGGAACCAGCGAUGGGUUGAAUAAUAAUUCAUUUUGGAAUAAAUGUAAUGGUAAAUGUAAUCUACUCAUGAUAUUUUAAUCUUAAAGUGGGUUUAUCUUUGGUGGAUAUUCUCCAUGUCAAUGGUAAUAGAAUAAAGAUGGUCGUUAUGUUUAAGAUGAUACAUUAUCAUCAUUCAUAUUCUCAUAAACACAUGAUAAAAUAUACCCUUUGAAAUAAGGUAGUGAAAAACAUGCUAUUUAUUGUAAUUCAGGAUAAGGGCCUAGUUUUGGAGGUGGUCGUGAUAUAUAUAUAAAUUCAGAUUUUAAGGAUGGUUAUUCUUAUUUAGGUCAUUCAUACCAAUGGGUUAAAUAAGAGAGUAUGAAGUCUACUCAUAUAUUUGGAUAAGAAAUACCAAAUAUUACCGAAUGUGAAAUAUUUGAAUUAAAAUUUAAUUGA